AACUUACAAACCUGCCGCAAUCACAAACCACUUCUACUGGCAUGAAUGUUUCUGCAGCAGCUCCUUCAACAGCUCCUGUAACAGUGUCUGAAAUAUCUUCAGUGACAGUGGCCAUGUCCUCGUCGAUGUCGACAUACAUCAAUGAGCUUCAUGUUACAACAAAGUCAUAUUCCACCAACUCUUCUGAUGAUUCUACUCAAGCUGCCCGGAACUUCAGCAGCCCCUCAAAACUUAGUACAACUGCAACGACAACAAACACAUCCUCUGAGGCAUCCGAAGUACUUACCCCCAACAGUACUGCUUCUCCUACCAGAAUAAGUGAGAUAUCUGCUGUCAGCACUGAGCUCUCCUCUGUGUCACAGCCUGUUUCUGCCACAAGAAGCCUGAUUUCCACAUCACACGUUCCUGACACAGCAAAGCCAAGCUCCACCACCGAGUCUCCCACCCCCUCAAUCUCAACAGACCCUGCUAAAUCCACUGCUGAGUCUCCCACCCACUCAAUCUCAACAGAUCCUGCUAACUCCACCGCUGAGUCUCCCAUCCCCUCAAUCUCAACAGAUCCUGCUAACUCCACCGCUGAGCCUCCCACCCCCUCAAUCUCAACAGAUCCUGCUAACUCCACCGCUGUCUCCACCAGUCUUGUAGGAGUCUUGAUCCCUCGAGUGCCAAAAAAGUUGCCGAUUCCAACAACCAAAUCAACUCCUGCAACUACAACAGCAGCUCAUGAAGUCUCAAAGUGCCCACCCAUCACUGAGGUCAAACCCUGCUCUAGCCGUAGAGUGGUGAAUAUCUGCCUCAUCACCAUCGCCUCCCUGGCUCUGUUGGCCACCAUCUUCAUGGUUUCUACCAUUGUCCUCUGCGUCAAGCUCUCAGCAAGGAAGUAUAAGGUCAGGAAACCUCAUUAUGAGACUGAGAUGAUGUGCAUCUCGACCCUGCUGCCUGAUAGGACUAACAACUACACAAGGGAACGCAACCCAAUUGCUAACGGAGUCCGGGUGUUCCCCAACGGCAGAGAUUACGAUGAUGACGGAGGCGAUGACGUCACUCUCAGCAGCUUCCUUCCAGAUAAUGAUCGUUAUAUUUAGAUGGAAUUGUUAUUAUUAUUAUCAUGGGCGAUUUUAGACAGGGGCCAGGGUGGGCCAGGGCCCCCCUAUGGCCCCUGUGCCGAGC